CACCGCCCUGGGGUGUGGCUCCCGCGGCCCGGCCGGGCGGGGCGCGGGGUUUAAAACGUCAGCCUGCGGGAUCAGGCUUACUCGCGCUCCCGCCGCCUCCGCGCCCAGCCAUGGAGUGGCCGCCGCUGCGCGCCCUGCUCCUCAGCGCGGCCGGGCUGCUGCUCCUGCUCCUGCCCCUCUCCUCUUCCUCCUCUUCGGACGUCUGCGGCCCCUGCGAGCCGGCCGCCUGCCCGCCCCUGCCCCCGCGGGGCUGCCCUCUGGGCGAGACCCGCGACGCCUGUGGCUGCUGCCCGGUGUGCGCCCGCGGCGAGGGCGAGCCGUGCGGGGGCGGCGGCGCCGGCAGGGGGCACUGCGCGCCGGGCAUGGAGUGCGUGAAGAGCCGCAAGAGGCGGAAGGGUAAAGCCGGGGCAGCAGCCGGCGGCCCGGGGGUGAGCGGCGUGUGCGUGUGCAAGAGCCGCUACCCGGUGUGCGGUAGCGACGGCAUCACCUACUCCAGCGGGUGCCAGCUGCGCGCCGCCAGCCUGAGGGCCGAGAGCCGCGGGGAGAAGGCUAUCACCCAGGUCAGCAAGGGCACCUGCGAGCAAGGUCCUUCCAUUGUGACACCUCCCAAGGACAUCUGGAAUAUCACUGGCGCCCAGGUGUACUUGAGCUGUGAGGUCAUCGGAAUCCCAACCCCUGUCCUCAUCUGGAACAAGGUAAAAAGGGGUAACUAUGGAGUUCAAAGGACAGAACUCUUGCCUGGUGACCGUGACAACCUGGCUAUUCAGACACGGGGUGGCCCAGAAAAGCAUGAAGUCACUGGCUGGGUGCUGGUAUCUCCUCUCAGUAAGGAAGAUGCUGGAGAAUAUGAGUGCCAUGCAUCCAAUUCCCAAGGACAGGCUUCAGCAUCGGCAAAAAUUACAGUGGUUGAUGCCUUACAUGAAAUACCAGUGAGAAAAGGUGAAGGUGCUGACCUAUAAACCUGCAGAAUAUAUUAGUCUGCAUCACUAACAGCAGUCCUGGAUACUUGCUGUAAUAACCAGUGCUUGCCUAAUAACCAGUUUCUUUUCAUCCAACCCACUAACGCUUAGUUAUAUUCACUGGUUUUACAUAGAGGAAAAUCCAAAAUAAAGGUAACACAUCAAGACUAUCUACAAAAAUUUAUUGUCUAUUUACAGAAGAAAAGCAUGCAUGUAAUUAAAAUCAAUAAAAUGCUUUCUCUCACAAUGCA